AUGGCUAAGAACUAUGUGAAUAAAUUUCGUGGUGAAAGUUUUUUUACUCCAAACGGAAAAUUACAUAUUAAAGAUGAACCCGUGUCGCCUAGUGAAGAAGAGUUUGUGGAUUACAAUAAUUUUGACUUUGCCUGUGUAAAUGGUUAUGGAAAUAUGAAAAAAUCAUUAUCAAUGAAUGACAUUGCAGCUCUGAAAGAUUUUGCAAAAUUGGAUUUACAAAAUGUACAAGAGCCAAGAUAUCGCAGACCUACUAGCAGUAAUCAUGAUUUGUCUAAAACAAAGUUUGUUUCGUUGGCAGAGUCUAUUUAUCAUUUUCAACGUGAUACACCUGGACGCUUUCAUUCAACACGUCCUCAAAUUUUUCGCUCUCAAAGUAACACAGGACCCUCUGGACUUACUGUACCUCAAUCUCCAAUGCUUCGGUGUAAAAAACGAUCAAGACCAGUUCAUGUUUUGUCGCUAAAAGAAAAGGAGGACAUCGAAAUAGCACAGAUGAAAAAUUUUAAAAUAAAGGCUCAUCCUGUACCUAAAUCGGUGAUAGAAGGCACCAAGAAUUUACCAGAGGUACCUAGAAAACCCACUACAAUUCCAGAACCAUUUAAGUUAACUGAGAUUCAUAAGAAGACAAUUCAAUCCCCAAAAACUGUCCAUAAUUUUAAAGCUCGUCCUGCACCCAAACAUAUAUUAGAGAAACCUCAAAUACCCACCACUACUAAAGCAUUUAGUCCAAACAUCCAUUACAGACGAGGUCGUUCGGCUGAUCAAAUUAAGUGUGAUAAGAAAAAUAACGUUGUUAUGAAGGAAAUACAGAAAAUGCCAAAGCCUUAUGAAAUUGUACAAAGACAUGGACCUGUACGCCCAGAACCUUUUUCAUUUGAAAAGAGGGAUGAAGAGAUGAGAAAACGCAGGGAAGAAAGAAUUAAACGUCAGUUGGAGGAAGAAAGGAAAUUAGCAUCUCAGUUUAAGGCUCAGCCUUUACCAGCUGCAGUGAAAAAGCAAAUGCAUAAUGCAUCCGGCAAAAGUACUUCAUCUAAUGCUUCCUCAGAGAAUAAGGAGAAUCAUUUCAAAUUUGAAGCACGUCCUCCUCUUGUUUUAUAUAAAGCGCCUUUUAAACCUGUCCAUCCACCAAGCCAAAUAGUUAAACCAGCUCCAUUUGACCUAACUACAGAGAAAAGGGCUGCAGAAAGAGAAAAGUUUGAUCGCCUUUUGAAGGAAAAAGAGGAAGAAAAUGAGAGAUUAAGACAGCAAAAAGAAAGAGAACAGAAGGAAGUCGAGGAGAGAGCACAAGCAGCAAUAAGAGCUAAACUUAUUCAUCAUGCUAAGCCUAUACCAGUAGUAGAACCAUUUAUACCUCAAAAGUCUUCAGAGCCUCUUACUGUGCCUGAAACACCAAAAUUUACUCAUGAAAAAACUAAAGAGGAAUUGCAAGAAGAAGAAGAAUUACAGCUAGCAUUAGCUUUGAGCCAGUCUGAAGCUGAACAGAAGGAGAAAGAACGUAGAUCUCGUACCCUGGUUGCACCUGACACAUCCUUGCAUCCAACUGUAUCGCCAAGUGCGUCGUCAGUGAGCGCGUCCCCAGAGCACAGCACCGCAGCGAGCUCGGAGCUGUCGCGCUACCUCGACCGCAGUUACUGGGAGCAGCGGCUGUCGCGCGACUCCGCGCCCGCGCCCACCGCGCCCGCCUCCGCGCCAGCAUCGAACCCCGUACACGACGCUACUGAGCCGGAGUUUCCAAAGGUUACAACAAACAAAGCACAAGAAGAUGAUGCCGAAGAUAAAGAGAUUGAUGAAUUUAUUGAAUCGCUUAAAUCUCAAGUUGAGAUAUUUGUUAACAGGAUGAAGAGCAAUUCAUCUCGAGGACGUUCCAUAGCCAACGACACUUCAGUUCAGACGUUAUUUAUGAACAUUACUGCGAUGCACUCGCGUCUGCUGCGUUACAUUCAGCAGCAAGAUGAUAAGCGCGUCUACUUGGAAAGUUUGCAGGACAAGGUGAGCCAGGUGCGCGACAGCCGCGCGGCGCUGGACACGCUGCGCGCGGAGCACGCGGCGCGGCUGGCGGCGGCGGCCGAGGCGGCCGAGCGCCAGCGCCAGAUGCAGAUGGCCGCCAAGCUGCAGGCCAUGCGGAAGAAGAAGCACGAGUACCUGCAGUACCAGCGGCAGCUCGCUCUGCAGAGAGUGCAGGAGCAAGAAAGAGAAAUGCAAAUGAGGCAAGAGCAGCAAAAGCAUCAGUAUAUGAUGUCUGCGAAUAAUUACUACAUGCCAGGUGUUGCGAUGCACCAUUUCCAACCAGGAUACCCAAAUCAACCAAUGUACGCAUCGGCACAAUUCCAUCCUCAGAUGAUGCCUCAAGCAACUACGGACGGGUCGGUGCCCUUACCGGGACAACCUCAAAUGUCGCAAGCUAAUAUGCCAAUGGGUGUUACUCAAAUGGGUGCUGUAUCUCAGUCUAUGCCUCAAAUGGCAACCACAUACCCUAUGUCAACUACAGGUAUGACGCUCAGCCAAGCGCCGCCUGGUGUUCCAACAGCCAUGAAUCAACCAAAUAGACCUGGCCUUGGUCAACAAAUGCCAUUGCAACAACAAAUGAUGAUGCAACAUAUGCAUCAAUUGCGAAUGCCUAUACAGCCAGGAGUACACCAAAUGAUGACACAAAACGUUGCCAAUGGACCUAAUCUCCAAAAUACUCAGCCUUCUCAACAAAUUCCUAAACAUAAUGUACCAAACCAGCCACAGCAGCCAAAUACAAUUAUGCCUCCAAUGUCUAGCGGUCAGCAAAACAUUGGGCAAACAUUAAACCCUGCAAAUUCUAUGAUAGGUAUGCAAAUGCAAAAUAUAAGGAUGCCGUUAAUGCAAGGCAAUCCGCCAGGUGCUCUACAGGUUUCAGGAUAUCCUUUGAGCAUGCAAAAUCAACAGGCUGGCACCCAAAUACCCAACAUAUCUCAACCCUCUCAAAUACCAAUGACAGGACAAAGUAUGACAUUACCGGGUCAACAAAUGAUACAGGGUCAAACAUUACCUGGACAUAAUCAGAGCAAUCCUAUUAAUAAUCAUAUUCCCAACCAAAACCAAAAUGUACAUUCUCAAGGACCACAGGUAUCUCAAGGUGCUACUCAAGUGCCACAAUCUCAACAAAGCCAAUUUUCACAAGGUCACCACAUCUCGAUUCAAGGUCAACCAGGUCAGCAAAUGAUGAUGCAAGGCCACCAAAUGAUCCCUCAAGGACAGAACAUUCCACAGCAAAAUCAACAAAUGCCUCAAAAUCAGAUGCCACAAGGCCCGCAAAUGAUGCAGGGACAGCAAAUUAAUCAACAAAUGAUGCAGGGACAGCAAUUGCCAGGCCCUGGUCAACAAAUACAUCCACAGGGGCAACAUAUGCCACCUCAAGGUCAAGCGCCUCAACAACACCAGCAAAUGCUACCUUCUGGACAACAAAUGCCCCAACCUGCACAACAAGUGCCCCCAUCUGGACAACAAAUGCCUCCCUCUGGACAACAGAUGCCUCCCACUGGACAACAAAUGCCUCCCUCUGGACAACAAGUGCCUCCCGCUGCACAACAAAUGCCUACUCAAGGACAACAAAUGCCACAAGGUCAACAAGUAACGCAAAAUUUAGGUCAACCACUAAAAAUGCAACAACAAAAUUAUGUUAACGGUCAACAAGGACAACAAACAAAUCAAAAUCAGCCAUCUCAAACUCCUACAAAGUCUGAACACAAUAAUAAUACUGCUGAAUUAAUAAGCUUUGACUGA